AUGCCAUCCACAAGCAGAAGCAGUCGAAGCAACAGCAGAAGCCGACGGAGCAGCAGACAAACUGCCAAUCAUGCCCGGAAUAAUAAUAAUAUUGCAAAUAUUGGAUCAAGGUACUCCCGAAGGCAACGGCUGCGUGACGACCGUUCCACUGUCUCUGUGUUGACUGAAGAAGAAGGACAAGCUACCCGUACGAAUGCGACUAUGAAUACGAAUACGAAUAGGAAUACCCGUACACCACCAAACCCACCCACCAGCGCUGUCCAUGGAAAUGCCCAUGGCGCUACUGGCAAUGCAAGUGCAGGCGGCAAUACAGGUGCCACCCCGGCUGAGAUCGCGUACCGCAAGUUUGAAGUUAUUCGAGGCGCUUUCCUGGGAGCUCUGGACGACGUAAGGCAAGCCGUUCAAACGACCAUUCAAGAAAACGAGAGAGAAGAAGACAGCAGUGCUGCAGUCACACACAAUCAAGGCACCAAUGACAACCAGUCCGUCCGGUCGCGCAGAUCUACCGGUACCGGUAUGGGUAGCCGAAGUGCCUAUUCUGGCUACAGUGGAUUCUCAGCAUUGGGGUUCAUUUCCCUGCAGCCUCACAAUCCCAUGGGGCGGUCCGCCAAUGACAGUCAAGUGCACGGCAUAGAUGAUUCCAUGGGAGACAUUUCACACAUUCGUAGACGGGAACAGGAUUCUCUAGAUGAUGGCAGUGAUUUGGGGGAAUUCAGCCAUCCUUCCGAUUGUACCACCUGUGCCGAUGCCCGCGUCUUUUCCAGAUCCAUUGCCGUACUCAGAUUCGCCAUUUUUGCAGAUGCUAUCAAUUCACAAGUCCUAGGACCAAACUACGCUCUACUCGUACAAGCCGAUGGACAUGAAGACUCAUUCACUACUACUGAACCGUUCCAGUUUGCAGGAGCCUACUAUUUCAUUCCCAUGACAGCCGAUGUGGGCAUGGUCCUUUCCUCCAUUCUCAUGGGAUACUACUCGGAUCAACCACACGUUGGACGCACAAAAUGCAUUCUCGCUUGCAUGUACGUGGGAGCUGUGGGGUCCAUUCUCAAGUUUCUUGCACGAGACUCCUUCUGGACAUUUUGUGCCGCCAACUUCUUCACCGGACUUUUUGGGGGGUCGCUCGCCGUGGGAAUGGCAUACGUGUCCGAUGUUUUCAAUGACAGAAUGCAAACCGAUGCCGAAAUUGGAAUGAUUGUCGCCACAAACAUGAUUGGAAGAACGGGAGGUGGAGUCAUUGCCAUUGCCAUGCAGAAAAUGGGACUGUUCGUGCCACUCUGGGUAUCGGCUGCCGUUAGUGCUUUGGCUGGAGUGCUCUGUCAUUUGUUCAUGUACGAUGCCAUUGACAAACAUGACGUGGAUAGCUUCGGAUACUACGAGGAUGAUGAUCAAAAUGAGGAGUCACAACAGGACGACGGUCAUGACGAAGAAGAACAGAACGACAACAACAACAACAACAACACCGACAAUGCCAACAACACUCUGACGGAGGGCAGUAGCAAAGCUCCGUCCAACGACAACAUCAAUAACGGUACAAGGAGCGGACUUGCAUCGUCGCUCCGUUCGACUAGCCUGAUUCGAGAUGCCAGCACGACAACCUCCGAAAGCCCCAUUUUGGGAGGGUUCGGAUACUACGGAGGAGCCGAUUACAGCCAAUACGAUGAAGAGGACGGAAACUAUCCCACCAAAUUAGAUUACCGGACACUAUGGAACAUUCUCGCUGGUGAAUUGACCGACAACUUGGGAUCCAUCGGGUUGGUGCCCAUUUGUCUGUCGCCUCUCAUGUUCCAAACAUUCUACGCACAAUUCGUCGAAAACGACCAAGAGCCAAUCAUGAGCGCCAAUGCGUACAAGUACAUUUACGUCUUUAUUGCCGUCAUUGUCGUGCCCGGAGCUGUCAUUGCACCGUUGCUAUUUCAAAAGUUUGGACCGGCUUUGUGUGCAGUCGGCGCCAAUCUACUCACCGGGGCCGUUACAUUGAUUCUUCUACAAAUUGCAACACUGCCGGAUCAACCCACCUCUGCAUCCUAUGCUGCCUUUGUCUCGGUGCUGUACUUGUCGUUUCCACUCACGGUUAUCAGUCAACUGUCGACGGGCCCCAUGCUCGAUCGGAUCGCACCACUCCAUCAACGAGGACAGAUUCAAGGCCUCAACAUGGCUGCCAUGAACUUGGCUGGCGCCCUUGGCCCCUUUUUAUAUGGAAUCUUGUCCGAUGCCACGUCGACCAGUGUCACUCUUUACACGUCAUCGGCGGUGUCGGCAUUGGCAGCUCUGGUGAACUACAUGUUGGUUGGAGACGAACGUUUCGGGCCGCAGACAGAGGACGAUGACGAGGGAUACCCCAUACGGGCAUCGAGUGCAGCUGGUGAUAUUGCCGAAGACUUGGCAUCGCGGUUGGAUUCGGUUGCGAAUAGUACGCCAUCGGACCGUCACAGUCGGUCGAUCUUGCCAUCGACGACGACUCGAUCGGUGGGUUCCAUGGCACAGGAUCUUCACGUCGAAUUUAUGCCUUCGAUUUUCUAG